GCCGCGCUGUUGCCAACAUGGAAACAGCCAGCUGUAGCAGCAGCAGCAGCGAUAGUACCGUUAAACCGGCAGAACAGCCGCCAGAUGAAGGUGUGGAGGCGGACAAGUCCAUGUUGAGGUCCGACAGUGCCCAGUCUGGUCCCUCAAAUAACGCCCUGCCUUUUGGAAACUUGACAAAUCACAGUGGGAGUGGAGAUGAUUCCCUGGACGGCCUCCCGAACUGUGCCCCCCGCUGCCCUUUGACCCCGUCUCUGUCACCACGGAAACGGACAACCAGCCAGUCCAAAUCGGAGCCUCCGCUGCUGAGGACGAACAAGCGCACCAUCUACACCGCCGGCAGACCCCCGUGGUACAACGUCACCGGGACCACCUUCAAGGAGGCCUUUGUUAUUGGCCUGUGUGGAGGAAGUGCUUCGGGUAAAACCACGGUAGCCAAUAAGAUCAUCGAAGCGCUGGACGUCCCCUGGGUGGUUCUGCUCUCCAUGGACUCUUUCUACAAGGUGUUGAACAAAGAAGAGCAGGAGCUCGCGGCUAAGAAUGAGUAUAACUUCGAUCACCCCGACGCGUUCGACUUCGAGCUGCUGGUCACCGUCCUGAGGAAGCUGAAGAAAGGAAAGAGCAUCAAAGUGCCCGUGUACGACUUCACGUCUCACGGCAGGCGCAAAGAAUGGAAAACGGUGUACGGGGCCAAUGUCGUCAUCUUUGAGGGAAUCCUGGCGUUUGCCAACAAGGAGCUGCUGAAGCUGCUGGACAUGAAGGUGUUUGUGGACACAGACUCUGACAUCCGCCUGAUACGGAGGCUGAAGAGGGACAUUUCACUGCGUGGGCGGGACAUCAGCGGCAUCAUCAAACAAUACAACAAGUUCGUAAAGCCGGCGUUCGAGCAAUACAUCGAGCCCACGGUGCAGUCUGCGGACAUCGUGGUGCCCAGAGGCGGGGAAAACUUUGUAGCUCUGGAUCUGAUUGUUCAGCACGUUCACAGUCAGCUGGAGAAGAGGAAGCUGCGCUGGGAUAUAUCGGCGCUCGCCUCGGCUCACCAGGGUCAGCCGUUACCCACAACCCUCAGCGUGAUGGAGAGCACGCCUCAGGUCCGCGGCAUGCACACCAUCAUCAGAAACAAGGAGACCAACAGAGAUGAGUUUAUCUUUUACUCCAAGAGAUUAAUGAGGCUCCUGAUAGAGCACGCCCUCUCCUUCCUGCCUCUCAAGCCGGUAUCUGUGGAAACGCCUCAGGGGGGCACAUAUGAGGGGAAGAGGCUGAGUGGAAAAAGAAUCACAGGCGUUUCCAUCCUGAGAGCAGGCGAGACGAUGGAGCAGGCUCUGAUGGCCGUGUGCAAAGACAUCCGGCUGGGGAAGAUCCUGAUCCAGACCAACCACGACACCGGGGAACCGGAGCUUCACUACCUCCGCCUGCCCAAAGACCUCACGGAGGAUUACGUCAUCCUGAUGGACAGCACCGUGUCCACCGGAGCUGCUGCUCUCAUGGCCGUCAGAGUGCUGCUGGACCACGAUGUAGCGGAGGAUAAGAUCUUCCUCAUCUCGCUCCUGAUGGCGGAGAUGGGCGUCCACUCGGUGGCCUACGCCUUCCCUAAAGUCCGCAUCAUCACCACCGCCGUGGACAAGGAGGUCAACGACCAGUUCCACAUCAUCCCCGGCAUCGGUAAUUUUGGAGACCGUUACUUUGGCACCGACGCUCCGUCAGACUGGUGUGAGAGCGACGAUGGGAUGGACAUCUGAAGGGAGAGUGGAGGGUUGUUACAGAAGCACUUACAGCCAUUCAAACGUUUAAAUAAAAAAAAGACUCUCCUUCAUCCCUCGCUGCUCCUCCACGCUGAGGAGGUGAAGCUUUAAUGAACUCCUUCCUGUUCAGACGAGCAGAGUUCACCGUCACGUCAGUCGGAGAGAAAAGUGGAGAUUUAUUUGGAGGAGUUUACAGAAAGUUUAAAAAGGGGUCGAAGUGUUUCCCGUCCUGCAGGAAGAAUUGUUCACAUUCUUGUAAUUAUUUCACUGCGAUCUCAAAAAAGGCUCCCAACGUACUUCUACAGAUUAAGAGAAAUGCUUGAAUAUUGUGUAAAUAAUGUGUCGCCAAAUAAUGUGUUUUUGUUGCUGAAGCUUUGGAGUUGAUGCUUGAAUUAUACGUACUGUCCGAUUUACUGGAAGAGGCUUAAAGCGGCCCUACUGUGACUUUCAUGUUCAUAAAGCUCUUUUCCUCUUA